GAAAAGAUUCUAACUUAGAAAAUUGAACUACUUCAAGUUUUUUCCGGUGAUUUUCUGGUGCGUCGUCCUCAAACUCAGUAUCUCAGUCCCUCGAGAAACUGAGAAGCUCUAAUGGUGCUCAGGUUUCCCUAAAAACAGAGUGAAGCACUGGUGUUUUUAAAUGGAAAACAAUUCAGACUCGGAUGAGCCAGAGAAGAAGAGACCUCAUUUGAAUUCGUUCUCCUCCGCCAUGGCCCGAAGCUCCAACCCCUCUCCACCUAAUGACCACCAUAACGUCGAUGCUGCAGUUCUCCAGUACCAGAACCAGAUGAUGCUUCAGCAGAUUGACAAACAGAAGCACCAAUUGCAAGAUCUUGAAGCAAACAUCAAAGAACUGAAGGCGAAGCAAGGUUCUUAUGAUGACAUGCUAAUUGCAGUGAAUCAGCUAUGGAAUCAGUUAGUUGACGAUGUAGCCCUUCUUGGAGCAUGUGCUGGAGCAGGCCAAAAUGCUUUGCAAAUUUUGGAUUCUGCUGAUUAUUCUCGCGGUUUGAUUCCAUCAUGCCCUGCGGAGCAGAUGUUUCUUUGUAGAAUCCUACAAAGAGAUACUAUAGAAGCUAACAACGUUAAUGAAGUUGCUAACUUUGUUGAAGAAGCUCUCACUCUGCGUCAUACAUCAACUAGGGAGCUGAUGAAACUCUUGGAACAUACAAUUACUGUUGAGAGGGAAAAAACAGAGAACAUAGCCCGUACUUUGAAUGGAAAGAUAACUUCAGAAGAUGCUAUCAUUGAAUUAUCCAAGAUUGAUGAUAUGAUUGAAAGGGAGGCUAAUAAUCUACAUCAAGUGAUUGAUAUCCUUCAUUUGAAGCAUAAAGAGUAUGCUGAUGUGAUUCAUACUCGCGCUAGUGGCGAUUCAACAGAUCAAUCUGAAAUUAGAAGAAUUACAGGUGAUCUCGAUGACAGCAUGGCUGAACUAGAGGAGAGUAGGAGGAAACUAGUCAAUCUUAAAAUGCAAAAGGACGUUGCAUCUGGGAUGCACAACCUUCCUUCUGGUGCAGUGAAUGGGACUUUGUCACCUGAAAAAUCAACAGAAAGGACAAUAAGCUUGCAGGAACUUAAAAAUUCAAUCGAUGAAACAAAGAUACUUGCAGCCAGCCGCCUUUCUGAGAUUCAAGAAGCAAAGGAAGAAAAUCUAGCAUUGUCAAAAGAAUUGCAAGACUUUCAGAAUGAAGUGAAGGAUGAAAAAUAUGUACACUCAUCUCGACUGUACACUAUGCUAAAUGAUCAACUCCAGCACUGGAAUGCUGAAGUGGAGAGAUACAAAGCCUUGACUGGUUCUUUACAGGCUGACAGGGCUGUUAUCAUGAGAAGAGAAAAGGAAUUAUAUCUCAAAGCUGAGUCUGCAGAAGCAGUCAGGACAAUGAAUGAAAAUGAUUCUAGGAUUGAGGAACUAGAGCUUCAGCUGCAGAAGUGCGUAAUUGAAAAAAAUGACUUAGAGAUAAGCAUGGAGGAAGCUGUCCAGAAUUCAGGAAGAAAGGACAUUACAUCAGAGUUCCAUGUGAUGUCCUCAUCUUUGUCCAAAGAGAUGGAAAUGAUGGAAACUCAGUUAAAGCAGUGGAAGGAGACGGCUCAUGAGACACUUUCCUUGCGUGAGAAAUCCCAGACUUUAAAAGCUUCAUUAAGUACGAAGACAAACGAGCGGAACGGCUUAGCAAGCAAAUGUGCUGUACAGAUGAUAGAGAUCAAGUCUCUUAAGGAAUUGAUUGAGAAGUUGCAGAAGGAGAAACUGGAACUUCAGAUCUUCUUGGACUUGUAUGCUCAGGAAAGCUACGGAAACAGAGACUUGUCGGAAAUCAAAGAAUCAGAACACAGAGCUCACUCCCAAGCUGACAUGUUCAAAAAUGCACUAGAUGAACAUAGUCUAGAGUUAAGGGUAAAAGCAGCCAAUGAAGCCGAAGCUGCUUGUCAGCAAAGGCUUGCAGCCACUGAAGCCGAAAUAACUGAUUCAAGGGCCAAACUUGAUGCAUCUGAGAGGGAUUUUCUGGAGCUUACCGAGGCUAUCAAAAUUAAAGACAAGGAGGCAGAAGCUUAUAUAUCUGAAAUUGAGACGAUUGGUCAGGCAUAUGAAGAUAUGCAGACCCAAAACCAGCAUCUGUUGCAGCUAGUGACUGAGAGGGAUGAUUAUAAUAUCAAGCUCGUUUCUGAGAGUGUGAAGACAAAGCAAGCACAAAGCUUUCUAGUUUCAGAGAAGCAGGCAUUGGCAAAACAACUUCAACAAGUAAAUACAUCAGUAGAAUCUCUAAAAAUGAGAAUUUCUCAAGACGACGAACAGAUGAAGGCUGUCUUAGCAGAAGCCUUGAAAUCUACCGAAGAAGACAGGCACCUUUCAGUCAAUCUAGAAGCUGGAAAGUGGGAACUGGCUGAUGCUGAUAAGGAGUUGCAGUGGCUCAAAUAUGCUGUUGCAUCUUCUGAAAAGGAAUAUGGACGUAUUAAAAAGGACAUUGAAGAUAUCCAAUUGGAAUUAGACAAUGAGAGGAGUUUGAGGAAGAAUAUCGAGGAAGAGCUACAUGAAUUAAACAGCAGGGUUGCUGAGAUGAGUUCUGAAACUGGAGAGGCUGCAAUACAGAAACUCCAAUCAGAAAUUAAAUUUUACAAGAAUAUUUUGCAGUGUAGUGUUUGUACGGACAGACCCAAGGAGGUGGUAAUUGUCAAGUGCUUUCAUCUAUUUUGCAAUUACUGUGUUCAAAAGAAUUUAGAGAUCCGUCACCGAAAGUGUCCUGCUUGUGGAACUCCGUUCGGUCAGAGUGACAUACGGUUUGUAAAGAUAUGAAAGCACUACCCUGUUAUCAUGAUGGCUCGGCCUCCCCCAUUUUUUUAUUGCUAAGCAGUAUGGUAUAGUGAAUAGCAUAGUAUUUGAUUGUUGUAGUUGUGACAAUAAAUCCAAGCUGUGGUUUUGUAUAGUUUUGGUAUUGGUCAGUCUGUUUCUUUUGUUGUAAAUGACUAAUUUAUAUCAGAAAAGAAAAACAAUAAGUUAAAUAUCAAUGCCGUUACCUUUUUGUUC